UUUAUUUAUUAUUUAUUCCUCCUAUAUUUGUGCCUAUAUACUGUGUUCUAACUUUAUAAUGGAGAUAGAUCCAGAAACACAACAGAAAGUUUAUAUGAAACUAUACACUCAUAUAAAAAACGCAUCCCAAUUAAGAGAAAAAUUGGUGAAGGGUGAAUUAAAAUGUACUAUAGUCAAACCGUCAUUGAUAUGUGAUCCUUUUCAAGUCGUUGCUGCAGUUAAUAAGGCGUUUACCAGUGAAAUAUUAAAUAGAAAUUGUUAUGUGGAAGUGCUAUAUUGUUUAGGUAAUAGUAAAAAUAAUAGUUCCAACUUAGUAACUUUUGGUUUUACAGAUAAUUGUACUAGUGGUUUAGUUGUGACUGUUAGUAAAGGGGAUAAUGAUGAAGAAAUUUAUAAACACAUUGAAGGUGAUGAGGUGCCUUUAGAUAGACUAUCUGAAUUUACUGACAAAGAGUUGAUAAGGAAGACUUAUAAAAUUGGUGAUAAAGAGUCUGGUGUUACUCCAAUGUUAGAUUCAGUAGUCAGUAGAAUUGCCACCAAAGAUUUUUUAUAGAUUUGUUAAUUUUAUGGCCAUGUAAUUUACACAGUCUAAUAAAUUUAUAAAUAGU